CAGAACUCCAGUCCGUGUUUUCAUUAGACUAAAUGAGGUCGGAAGGGGCUGUCGGUAAAGUACGGAGUGGACUUCCGGGUCCGCGCAGGGCGGGCCUUCGUGUGCCGCUGCUACAGGGAUACCAAGAUGGAAAUACAGGGGCUUUCUGGUGCCCCGAACAUCCACUCUCAACAUGGCGCCCCACACACCACGUCUCUGUCGCAGCUUAUAUCGAACACACACACCAUUUUACGCUCUUUGUCGAAGGAAAACGGGUCUGAUGGACUUGCGGACCCGGACCAGUCCCACCAGGACAGCCCCAGCAGCAGGCCGGGGACUCCUCCGCUUCGCCCACUGGCGGAACAUGGCAGCGUGGCCCGCUUUUCGGUCGGAAAACAGCGACCGAACGGCGAGGAUCCUCCUCAGAGCGACGCUACGGUCACCGAUACCGUACUGAACGUGAAAGAGACGGACUUACUGUCGCAAAAACACGUAAGAAGCGUCUGGAAACACGACGUGGAAGGCAGGGAUGUAGCGAUACAAAUGGCGUUUCCCUUUUUUGAAGGGGAAGAGGAGCAACGGCCCCGGGGGGGAGAGGAGCAGCGGCUCCGGGGGGGAGAGAUGCACUCCCAGCUGCUCCAGUCUGCGGGUUCACGGCAGCAGCGUGCAGGCGGCUCCGCCCUGCAGCGGACGGCCCCUGGCAGCCUCGACGCGUCUCUCCCUCACCGAGCCACUGAGGAGCCCCGUGUUGUGUUCAGUUUGGUUCAGGAAGAGGGACGACCCGGGAGGCAUGAGUUAUUUCCAACGGACGAAGCGAUCAACGGUAAAGAGUGUUCAACAAUGAAUCCAUAUCACUCUACGGAUGUGGAGACGACUAAUGUUCUAUACCCAAACGAUCAUUUCCAUUAUGUCCACGGUAAGGCCUGUAUGAAAGCCGAGUGUGUUGAUAGCCUAUUCAAUGCUCUAACUGCAGAUGGCAAAGCCACCGCUUUCCGGCAGUCCGACCAGGUGGGCCCUGAGAGGGAGGAGGUCAAGGUGGGGCCUGAGAGGAUAGAUGGAAAGCUGCUGGGGCCGUUGAUUUCAGAAAACCUGGUGGUUAUGAACACCAGUGAGAACAUGGACACUUCAGACUUUAUUUCCGACCCAUCAGGUCUUGAGGAGAAUAACAGUGCAGACACUGCAUCCACAAGCUGCCCUGCAAACGAAACCUUCUCGGGAACUAUCAUGAUCAAUAACCAAAGCAUCAUAGUGACGAUUGAAAACGGAAUACUAACACUGGCCGCUCCCCCAGAGGGUUAUGUCCACACAGAUGAUGACAUGGUCAGUUUGAAGGAACAUUUGGGCAUGAAGGACCACGAGGACAUCGUUCUCCUCAACUAUGACAGCGGCACCAAAUCCAUAGGCAAGAUCAGCACGCUGGCUGUGGCUUCCUCCAGUCAACACGAGCCCCGGGCAGGUCUGCCUGUUGCUGACUCAGAGUUGGCCCUGGUGGAUGACUGUCCGUUGACCGAGUUCUCCUUGGACUCCUGUCCAAUUAUAAAACAGGAAGUAGGCACGUUAUGUGCCAUAACAGAGAGUGAUCUUGUCACCCCCUGCUCGAAAAACGCAAGUACCCUAGACUGUGACAGUAAUCAUGAGCUUCAGUCCGUGCACUUCAUCAGGUCUAAGAAGGAAACCACCAUAUCUUUUGGCUGUACCCAACCCGGCUGCCCCAGCAUCUUUGACACCCGGCAGAAACUAAAGAUCCACCUUCUGAACCACGCAGAGGACCCUCGGCCAUACCGCUGCACGGUGGAGGGGUGCGGCUGGGCCUUCACCACCUCCUACAAACUGAAGCGCCACCUCCAGUCCCACGACAAGCAGCGGCCCCACACCUGCCAGUUCGAGGGCUGUGGGCGACGCUUCACCACUGUGUACAACCUGAAGGCGCACCUCAAGGUGCACGCCCAGCAGAACGCCUUCGCCUGCCAGGUGUGCAGCGAGUGCUUCCGCAGCGCCACGCGCCUCACCAACCACCAGAGGGCCCACUUUGAGCCCCAGAGGCCCCACAAGUGUGACUUCCCAGGGUGCGAGAAGACCUUCAUCACCUUCAGUGCCCUCUUCUCCCACAACCGCACCCACUUCCGGGAAGCGGGCCACUUCACCUGUUCCUACCCGGGCUGCGGCAAGCUGUACGACAAGGCCUGUCGGCUCAAGAUCCACCUGAGGAGUCACACCGGAGAGAGGCCGUUUGUCUGCGACUCUGAGGGCUGCGGCUGGUCGUUCACCAGCAUGUCAAAGCUGCUGCGACACAAACGGAAGCACGACGACGACCGACGCUUCACCUGUCAAGAGGAGGGCUGUGGGAAGUCCUUCACUAGGGCGGAGCACCUCAAGGGCCACAGCAUCACCCACCUGGGCACCAAGCCCUUCCAGUGCCAUGCCGAAGGCUGCAAUGCCAAGUUCUCGGCGCGCAGCAGCCUCUAUAUCCACUCCAAGAAGCACAAGCAGGACCCCGGCGCGCUCCGGAGCCGCUGCCCCGUGGCCGACUGCUCCAAGCACUUCUCCUCGCGGAGCAGCCUGAAGAGCCACAUGGUCAAACAUCACCACCUCACGGCGGAUGUCCUCAGCCAGAUGGAGGCCACGCCCACCCUCACACCCAGCAGCGAACUGGUCAGCUCUACACCCACGACGGUCGCAGGGCCCUGUGUGCCUGGGAGCGACCCUCUGAGCAACCUGGACCUCAGCUCCCUGUUCUCCAGCGUUCCCAGGGUUCCCUCACCUCCUGCCGGCCUGGGUGUGGGCGUUGCCUCUGUAGGUGGGGGCAUGGCGGUCGCCUUCUCCACAGCAGACUUCUCCCUGGUGAGCUCGGGGAUCCUCACCAUUGACCCUUCGUCGGUGACUUCCGCACUCGGCCCCCACCACCACCAGGCUGACCCCACCCACCACCACCAGGCUGACCCCACCCACCACCAUCAGGCUGACCCCAACCACCACCACCACCAGGCUGACCCCACCCACCACCACCAGGCUGACCUCAACCACCACCCCCAGACAAGCCCCAGCAAUCAUCAUCACCACCAGACAGACCCUAGCCACCAUCACCAAGAAAGCCCCAUUCAACACCACCAGGCAGGCCCAAAUCAACACCACCAGAUAGUCCCCAACAACCUCCACCAGACAGCCUCCAACCAUCACCAUCAGACAUCCCCAAACCACCAACACCACCAGGCAGGCCCUACCCAUCACCAGGCCGGGCCCGACCACCUCCACCAGACGGGCCCUAGCCACCCCCUGGCAGGUGGCCCCAUUAAGACGGUCGAUCCCCUCAUCCUGGCCGACAUGGCCUCCCAUCACAGCCAGGGGCUGGAGGGGACGGUGGGCCACGUGCUGCCUCCGCAGGGCACUCUCAACCUGGACGACGUGCAGUCGGUCACGCCGGCGGCCCUGGGUGCUCUCAGCAUGCAGACCGCCGAUACCGCGAUGGCGGCCGAACACGGGCUCUCACCCCCCCUGGCCGCCUCCAGUGUGCUCAGUGGGGGGCCGCCCCCCGCCUCCUUGCCACCGGCCCCAGGACCCGACCUGCUGGCACAGUCGCCCUCUAAGGUGGCGCUAGCACGCGGUCAGGGCCCGGUGGGCCCUCUGCUGGACUGCGUCGAGGGCCGGGGUCCCCAGGAGGGAGGCGGGAAGGGGCUGGGGCAGUUUGUGUUCCCCGGCCCUAGCAGCGGCUUCAGCCCACUGAACCCGGAGACCAGCCCCGCCGUGUCUCCCAGCAGCUUCCUGGAGAGUGGAGGCUCAGCCAGGACGGACUACAGGGCCAUCCAACUAGCCAAGAAGAAGAAGCAGAAAGGACCACCUGCUUCUUCCUCUUCAGGGUUGAGCCAGAGAAAAAACAAGGUUGGGAAAGCUGGCAGUGCCUCGACGUCGUUGGUUCCUUCUAGUGGUCGUUAUGGCGACGGUGCCCACACCGCAGCCAGUGGAGGGCUAACACUCAGAGACCCUGUCACUGGGGCCCAGUAUGUUCAGAUACAACUACUGCAGGAUGACCCGCCUAGUGACGGGCACCUGGCCUUCCAGCUGAGCUCCCAGCCGUCAAGCUCCCACUCCCAGCUCACCGUCGACCUGCCUGUCAACAUAUUACAGGAAUCAUCAGUGAUGCCAGAGGACGGUUCGGACACCUCCCAGUUCACCGGAAGCACCAUCAAUCUGCAGGAUCUGGAGUAGACCACAUUGGAGUCCCGUCAAGUUUCCAGAGACACACCCAUCCUGUUUCGAUCUUCUGAGCUGCUAAUGGUUAACAUGGGACCACAGACGGCUUUGAUCCUGUCGUCAUGCACCUUGAAAUGAUUAGACUUGUAAUCAUUGCUCUACUCUACUACCAGUCCAGAAACCCAGUUUAUACACAAUCAAGACUAAUGGCACUCUAUUUAAAUGAGACCUGUUUCGCCUUGUUGCUGAAUCUUUGUUCUAAUUCAACGUUUUACUGUCUUCUUCAUGGCCCCACGUGGACAUUCAUAACUCUGCUCACGGCUAAAGAGGCCCCAUGCAGACUCUCAUAACUCGGCUCCAGGCUCAAGGUGCACCUCGUGGAUGCUCAUAACUCUGCCCCAGGUUCAAGGUGCCCCGUGCGGACGCUCAGAACUCAGUGCUCUAGGUGCCUUAAGGAGCUCUCCGAUGAGUGGCAUCACACACCCUGAUUGUCCUGCGGUCAGGGCGGGGCCCUGCUGCCGGUGUGCAGGGGCCUCACUUUGAACUCAUGAUUUAACUUUUUACCAAUCCAUAGAUAGCCCACAAGCACAUGCUUUGAGCUGGGGCUGAUAGUGUUUUCUGGGCUUGCUGGAGGACACGUCUCCAGUAAGGUCCCCUUACCGUGAACUACUUCCCCACCGCUUUUCUUUCUCCAUGUCUUUACAUGUUGAAAAUGUUCUGCUUCACUUGAAGUUCCUGUUGUCUCCUUAUUUGUUAUUUAUUACCUGGUUUACAGAAUGGCAGUGGCCAAAUGCAAGAGAUGUAAUAAAAAUCUAAGCACAAUCAC